AUGGAUGCCGUCGUCCCUACCAGUCUCGUACAACCCGUCUCUGUCCCUACACCGGUCGAGAGUCGCCCACCCACAGAGUCACAACCUGACAAUAUUCCCAAUCUCGAACUCCCUCCGCUUCUACUUCCUCUGGACCUAGUGCGCCCGUCAAAUGACACAUCGCUCUUCCUUGAGUCCCCUCGGCUACCCUCGCACUUCGAUGACGGUGCUCCCGGUUUCCAGCUUCCCCCGUUGCUCUUCCCGCUAGAGGGUCAAGGUCCAACAUAUCCUUCGCAGGGACUCGGUGACUGGGAAUUCCUCAACUGGAAGGACGACAUUGAUAGUACAACCACCGACUUAGAAUCGCCCUCCUUGUUGUUUGGGCCACCUCCUUCGCCGCAGGUCUUCCUCUCUGAGCUGCAUUCCAAGCUCUCGAUUCCGUCUGGCGUCUACAAUCUAUCUCUCGACCAAUCCAUGUCAUACAGCGGGAGGACCGCGUACUAUAUGGUCAAGGGGAAUGCGAUUACCAUCAACCUCUCUGACGCCUGCCCCUUACCUCAGUGCCGCCCUCCCAAUGAUGGUACUUAUGAGGUUCUCCCGCUGGACGACUCAGCAAACAUCUCUUGGCGUCGCAGGAUCGGCCUGCUCAUUAAAGGGGCCUUCCAUCUAGUCGAAAAUGGCCCUCAUGCGCGGAGUAAUAACCCUUGGGUUCUGGACUCGUUCCCGUCCGACUUCGUUCUAGUUCGUCGCAGGACAUGCACCCAAGGCGCUGAUGGAAUGAAGAAGGGCCGUACGGAUGUGUAUCUAUACGGUAUGUGCUGCCCCCUUCCAGGUCUUACUCAUCGCCGCUCACUGUUACGGGACAACUUUCAGGUGCUUUGCGUCGGUUUGCGUCGCCCGCAGAAUUCGCAGCGCACGCCAUUUGGCUCAUGCGUGGUGGCACAGAUGGUUGCACGUGCGUUCAGUGCUCGGGCGCAUAUGCGCAGUCCGUUAUUACCGACGUCCUGGAGCAAGCGCUAA